AAAUGCGUCACGGUGUCAAUAUUGUAUGAUAUUUUUGGCGCUGGCAUUACUAUCGCACCGUUUACCUGGAUCGUUACAACACUUGUUGUCGUGCUACUCCAGUGUACACCGCCGCGCACUUGGUCGCCGAAAUAUCCGGCCACGCUCCAUUUAAAGCCGCUGUCUGUUUAUGCGAUAAGACAGUGGAAUCAUUUAUUAGCGUGCUGAUUUAUUUAUCUGGUACACGGCGCUGUAUGUGACGCAUCGAUUAUGUGAGCCGUAUAUGCUGCGUAUAUAUAUCGUGACAGCACAUCGGCGGGAAACAACGGCGCAAUUGUCUUAUAAUGCGCCAUACUCACACUUGUGGUUAAUGAUUAAUUGUUUGGACCAGAUUUGUUGCCGGAUGCGUCAGUCGCACCUAUGCCGUUAUGGCUGUGUACAUGUGUCUGUAAUUGGCCAUGCUGUGGUGCACGGUGUCGUUGUGUCAAUAAAAAGUCGUGCCAUCACUUCCGCCCGAGUGAUUCGAAGGUGAUAAUUUGUCGUGAUUUCGAUGAUCUACUGUUGAUGCUGCGCUGAUAAUGAUCGACAAUAGAAUUGUGGCGUGGAUAGCCGUGGCGUCGCUGAUCAUCUGCACUCUUCUCCCCAUUGCGACCGGCGUCCGCUAUUAUCCCAAAAAGAAACCGGAUUCAGAAAGAGUAUUGCACCAUCCCAAACAUUUCAUGCUGCGACUGACGCGAGUUGGCGGAAAGGAUCAUAUGCAUUCGAAGGUGGGGAAGACCGUGGAUGAGGGUUAUGACCUGAAAGCGCUGGGUUUCGGCAUCAAUCGCUAUCGUCAUGGCGGAAUAAUUGGCCGCUUAUCAACAGCCUGGGAUUCCGCCAACUCACCUUAUGCACCUGGAAAGCGGCGCCGACGGUGAUACGAUGACGUGAAAUGUGGACACUCUCUCUCGAAGCAACCUGAAUCUGCACAAUUUGUUUUCCGGGUUGUUAUAUUCAAGAGAUUUUUCUAAUUAGAAGACACGUCACACUGAUUACCUGUUGAAUGUAACACACAUGUGUUGUGUACAUUAACACUUCUUCAGUUCUUACUUGUUACAUUUGUAGAAUGCACGGUAAACUCAAAACCGAACUGUAAUAAGUACCAAAUGUCUAAUGUUGCACCCGCAUCGGGUAAAUAACUCGUUUUGAGAUGAUUUUUUGUGAUGUUUGAUAUACUGAUUAUCCGUUUUAGUAUAUUCAGCGGUUUAUUAUAUGAUUCUUGUAUUGGAACGCUGAACGUACCCUCUUUCUCAUUAAUUUGGGAAUAAAUAUUUAACGAAUUAUCUACUGUAUAUGUACAUAAUAAUAGUUCUUAAUAUUUU